UAGCAGAAAUAGAGAGCGGCUGACUGAGCACAGCCCCAGAGCACAGCAGACUAACACCAUGACAGCAGCAGCACGCUAGGCUGAGGCUGCUGUCCCUCCCUGCCUAAGAGGGUGUGCCUGUCUCCACAUCGGCCACAGCCCGUGCUCCCUUACCUGCCUGGAUGGCUGUGUAGUGUGUAUCGUGGGAUUAAUGUUACCAUGCUGCCGACGACACACAGCCUCCUGCCCUCGCCAAACUGCCGCCACCGGCCCGCUGGAAACAACUAGAAGCCUAGAAGAAGUUCAUGAAGACUUAACCAGCUGAUCUUAACUCUUAAACGACAGAAAAUAAUACGUCAUUUUGCCUCCUGAUCUCUGAAGAAUUAAAGAAACGGGAAGAGUAUUUUUCUUACUAAGGAUUGUUGAGUAAUCUCCUUUCCUUUUUAUUACAUUGAAUAAUUCCUAAAACCUAAAGCCGGGUAUUGUCCAAGUGCUCUGCAGACGAACAGGGAGACCAGACCAGUUGUGACUAGAAGCACAUAUCACCAUGCCAGAGGGGUUUAUUGAGAGACCGCUGUCCCCUUCCCUCCCCAGGGACUGUGGCCAUGAGUGCCGGGUGUGCCGGGUGACCAUGGUGAGCCUAACGGACUACGCCAACCACAUAUCCAGCAGGGUGCACAAACAGCGUGUGGAAACGGCGGAACGGGAGGGUGCCGGGAACGACCAGGAAGAGGAGUACUUCGACAAGGAUCUGGUCAAACUGAUCGAGACCCGGAAGGAAGUGAUCAGGAGAGAGGAGGAGGCUGCUGCAAAGCGUGCCAAAGAGGAGGAGGUGCAGAGGAGAGAGGAAGAGGAGAGUAGGAAACGGCAGCAACAGAUCCAGAAGUGGAGUGACGCACGGCAGUACUUCUGCCAGAAGGGGGCGUUGUGGGACUGGAGAUACCUCAACAAAACCCCUCCAACACCACCACCACCUCGAAAAUGCAAAGGGUCUGCCUGGCAGGGGCAGGGGGGCUGGGACUGCAGCUCGAACCCCGCUGGGGGUCGAGAUCCCUGGGAGACCCAGGAGGACAUCAGGUUUAACUGGCACGACAGGAAACAGGGCCGCAGUGCCACCUGGCACGCCCAGGAAUCACCCAACGUCUACAAGUGGAGCGCUGGACAGAGAGGCAGUGGCAGCCUGCACAGCAGGGAGGGAACCAAUAAGAGAUGGCAGCAGGAGGAGUAUCUCCAUCCUCCGGCACAGCAGCAGAGAGGAGGGAGGGGACCCUGGCAGCAGAACAGCAGAGGAGGAGGGACUACCAGUCUAUACGGCGGCAGCAGCAGAGGGGGUAACGGACUUCCUGGUGUGCUCGCUGAGCCUGUCAUGACGGAAGGGCUGAGCAGCGUAGAGUCUCUUCACAGGAUGGACUUCACCAGCGACCAGCUGGAUCCAGUCGGGUCCUUCGACCAGCUACACCGAGACGCUCACUUUAAAGCGCAGGAUGACGGCAGGAAGGGUGGACACCAGAACCAGGAACGGCCAGCCGGUGGAGCAGAACAUGAUCGUAAAAGCGGCACGGGGCCCAAGGCGUUCGGUAGUAAUCCUAAACUAGACAAGGCCUGUCGCUGGUCCCCUUAUCCGUCCCAUAAGGAGACUCACCCCCACCCUCAUCCUCACCCCCACCCCCCACCGUCACCCCUCAGAGAAGCACCCAAAGGGUCCUCCUCCUCCCCCAACCUUCCAGACCCCCAGAUCCCUUCGGCCCAGGGCAGAGAUGUUGACCUGAGGCCCAGACGUGACAUAACGCUGGACCUCCAACACUCCUCGGGUCUGCAGCCGACUCAGUCCAGACGGGACCUCGCGAGCAGGACAGCAGAGAGCGACACAGCAUCAGAGUCUCCUGAUUACAGUGUCGAAGGGAGGGAACCCAGGAAGCAUAGAGACAUCUCUACAAGGAUGAGUAGUAGUAGAUACCAGCAAUUGUCUGAGCUCCUCUUACAGAGCAACCAGUCUGAGGACAGACGGACAACACCACCUCCUCUCCUCUUCCUCUGGUCUACUCCACCAGAACGGGCAGCGCGACUAAGCCAUCAGAGUGCCUUGAGACAAAGGCCUGUGCUCUCUCUCUUCUACUACCAGCCCCAAGACCACCUCAGUAGGGCCUCCAGUCCCACCCUCAAACCUAACCCAAUGCCCAAGACCCACCUCACCCCGAAGACCCACCUCAGUAGGGCCUCCAGCCCCACCCUCAACCUAACCCAAGGCCCCAUGACCCACCUCAGUAGGGCCUCCAGCCCUAGCCCCUCUACCACCCCCAGGACCCAGCUGAGCCGAGCCUCCAGCCAGGACUCGGACCAGCCCAGGUUGUCCAGACACAGAAGCCAGGAUUUGGGGAGGAGGCAGGGAUCAAAGUCCCCCCAGCAGGACCAGGAGCAGCUGCUGACCGAGAUGCUGAGGAGAGCCAAGGAGACACUGCUAGACAAGAGGUGCACCGUGGAGCUGUCUGCUGUUCACCACAGGACAGAGGGACAGAAGACGGAGUCCAACGACCAUAGGAUGGAGAAAAAGGAUAAGAAGAUGGCGCUACACAUCGAGGAACAACAGCAGCAGCAGCAGGUGGAGAGCUCUGAAGGUGUUAAGGUUGGAGACGACAACAGACAGAAGAGAGGGAAGACGUCUAGACAAACCAGACAGGACAGAGCUAGCAGCAGAGCUAACCCAGCUGAGGACAGAGCUGCUGCUAAUGAGUCUUUGGAGACCACGAUGGAGUUUGUGACGUCUCCCUCAGACAACCACCUGUCUGUUCAGUCUGUCCAGGUCAGCACUUCCACCAUGGAGUCCCCAGGGGGGGCUGUGCUCUCUCUCUCUCCCAGGGAGGAGGAGGCGGUGGGGGAGAGGGAGAGGGAGGAGGCGAGGGGCAUGGUGGCUGGUGCUGGAGAGGAGGCCAUGGAUGUAGCAGACGCAGGGCUAUGGUCAGACAGUGACCCCUUGAGAACCAUCGACCCUAACCUUGACCUCCACACGACCUCUGACCCCUCCUCAGGCUCCACCCAGACCAAACCCACCCUACCCUUAGCCCUAAAGAGGGACCUCACCCGACACAUCGGCUCCAAGACCAAGAGCGGCAGCCACGAGCCCAAUCUGAACAUCGCCCGGCGGAUAAGGAAUGUGAGCGGGACGAGGCGAGGGGAGGCGGAGAAGGAUUCGGGGCUGAAGCCAACGCUAAGACAGCUCAUCAGCUCCUCGGGGUCACGUCGCUGUGUCAACUGGGACCAGGUGUACCAGGAAGUCCACAGGAAGAAGCAGCAGCAGGGGAAAGGCAUGCCCAGGUUCGGUAUAGAGAUGGUGUCCUGUGACCAGGAAGAGGAAGACAUUCCUCUGACCGAGGGGUUUCAGUGGGAGACCCUCUUCGGCGUCGGAGCCUAUGGAACAGCCCUCGCCCCCGUGACUCCUCGCAAACGCAGCCUCUCGGAGAGUAGCGUGGCUCCGGACCGCUCGACCACCAACCUCUCCUCUCUCUUCGGGGGUCAGACCCCUGGUCAGGCGAUGCCAGGAGAGAGGGCACACGGAGAUGGGGCUGGAAGGGAAGUGAGAUGCAGCUCGGAGCAGAAAAGCUCCUCGUUCUUCAGAGACCCCCAGCAGCCUAAGGUGGAGGGGACACAGUGCGAGGAGGACAGAGCACAGAGAGAAGUCCAGGGGGCACUACCGGAGGGGCCACCAGGGGUCCAGCCACCAGGGGUCCAGCCACCAGGGGUCCAGCCGAGACCUGACUCCGUGAUGGGGGACAGCAGCUCGGGGACGGAGCUGACCGACACGCAGGGAGCCAGGAUGAAACGACGUGCAGCCGGGGACAUUCCAUGCCCUGAAAUCCCUCAUUCAGAGAGGAAGACUAAAAGACUGAAGGUCAAGUCCAAGAAAGUUUCGAUGGUCUCUCAGGUUUCCAUGGAGAUGAGUACUCUGAGAAGGAAGCGUAUUGAGUUGCUCCAGGGGAUACAAGGUGGUGUUGACAGCCAUUCCCUGCCCAGAGUGAAGAGCUGUGAAGAGGAGAUGCCUUUAGAGAUGUCCCCCUACCUGCUGUCGCCUCUAACAGAAGCCCCUGUCCCCAGUCCUAACCAGGUUCCCCUCUACCUCCCCCCCUGCUCCACGCCCCCCUCCCUGUCCCCGAGCCACCAGACCCAGCCCCAGCCUGUCACACAGUCAGUAGUUAUCAAGCAGGAGCCCCUGUCCCCUGGUAGGUUGACCACUGAGGCGGAGGUUGCGGAGAGCGCAGUCACAGUCCACCAGCGAGUUCACCACGGUCCUCACAGCACCACGCCAGAGCCCACGCCCAUCCCUACAGCCCCUCACACAGAUUGUGCCCUCAGCUGCCAACCGGUCAGAGGGAGGAAGUCUGAGCAUCACAGAGCCAGCAGAGAGCUCUCUCAAGAGGACAGCAGCCUACCCGUAGGAGCGUGUGUAGAAUGGAAGGACCCCUCAGCAGGUUCACCAGGCCUCGUCCAGUCAGGAGAGAGGGGUGUCCAGGUUACCACAGAAGACAGGGGUAACUUCAAGUCCCACCCAACCCCACUGUCAGGACCAUCCAGCCGCAAGAGCUCCAGAGCCGGGGUUCAGGAUCUAGAAACAUCCUCCGUCCUCCCUCCGUCCCUCGCUCCGUCCAUCGCUCCGCCUCAGGCGGAGGUGAAGACCAUAAAGCGCGUGAGGAAGUUGAAGAAGAAGAGGGUGCUGAGGAAGGCCAAGGGGGAGGAGCAACAGCUUGACAACAGCGACACAGAACUGGAGGCGGAGACGACCUUCUCCCGACCCGUCAGACUCCUCGGCACCCGCAGGAAACCCAGCGGGGGAUUCCGGCCCCAGGUCACCACUUCCUCCUCCACAUCUACCUCCAGCCUGCCCGGAACAUCAGAGGACAGGGGAGAGCUUCCAGGACCAGCCACUAGACCUGAGGCGAGGCAGGAGGACUCUGAUUCCUCUCUGGAGAUGGUCGUUCUCCCCCAGGCAGCUCCAGCUGAGGUGGUCACCAUUGACACCUCAGGUCCAGAGGAUGGAGACAUGGAUAUCUGCGGCGUUGCCUGUCCACGGCCACAGCCCACUGUCUCACCCCCAGCCCCAGACACACUGAAGACAGAGCCCCAGAAGCUGGCCUGCAACGAGGUGACUUCCACCAGCGAGAUGGAUGGUAGCUCUGUAGUCAAGAGGUCCUCUAUCUCUUAUCUUUUAUCUGUCUCUAGACGGGUCGCCGGAGCCCGGGGGGAUGAUCUGCCAUCUGAGGGGAUGUUUGAGGGUCACCAGGAGACUGUUAAUGCCAUGCAGGUCCACAUGGGUCUCCUCUAUACCUGUUCUGGAGAUCGCACUGGUAGAGGCCUUCAGCCUGGUAGCCGUGAGUGUGUGGCUGUGUUUGAGGGCCACAGCACCAAGAUCAACUGUUUGCUGGUUUCUUCUGGACCAGGUCUACAACAUCGCCUUUACUCUGGCUCCAGUGACCAGACUAUACGCUGCUACAACCUCAGGUCCAGGGAGUGUGUGGAUCAGUUCUCUCUCCCGGACCGGGUUCUCUGCCUCCACAACCGCUGGAAAGUUCUGUACGCUGGCCUAGCUAACGGCUCCGUGGUCACCUUCAGCCUCAAGACCAAUAAGCAGCUGGAUGUGUUCGAGUGUCACGGGCCGCGGGCGGUGAGUUGCCUAGCGACAGCCCAGGAAGGAGCUCGCCGCAUCCUAUUGGUCGGGUCCUACGACAGCACCAUUAGCAUCCGGGAUGCCAAGAGUGGCCUGUUGCUACGGACUCUAAAGGGACACACCAAGACAGUACUGUGUAUGAAGGUAGUCAAUGACCUGGUCUUCAGUGGCUCCAGUGACCAGUCGGUCCAUGCACACAAUAUACACACCGGAGAGGUUGCGUGCUAUCUAUAAAGGACAUAGUCUGCUGUCACGGUGGUGGACGUCCUGGGGAAGGUGAUCACUGCCUGUCUUGACAAACUGGUCCGCGUCUACGAAACACAGUCACAUGAUCGUUUGCAGGUGUACGGUGGACACAGAGACAUUGUGAUGUGUAUGACUGUCCACAAGAGUAUGAUCUACACUGGUUGCUAUGACGGCAGUGUGCAGGCGGUCAAACUGAACCUGAUCCAGAACUAUCACUGCCGGGUAAGACGGGAACCGGGAUUUGUGCAUGGCUGUUCUCUGAUCUUUGGAGUGUUGGAGCACGUCCAGCAGCACCUGCUCCAAGACCACGCCUCUCCCAACACACAGAACCUCAAGUGUCGAUGGAAGAACUGCGAUGAGUAUUUCGCCGCUCGCAACGGCUCCAAGCAGCCGCCUACUUCCCGACAGGUGUAA